UCGUGGAAGGUUGGUGGGGGAGAGAUGCUGCAGGACAGGGGAAAUACCCUGCGGGUUAUAAUACGUCACUCUUCCAAACCCAUCCCCUGUGCACCACCAAGAGUGAUCCCUAAGGCCUGAAGUUAACAAAGAGUGAGCCUGAAAUGGCAGACACGGACUUCGGCUCACUUCCUAGAGGACUUCCAGAUGAUCUGGCGAUUCCAAGAGCAGGCUGUCUCAAUUUGCCUGACCAGGACGGAUUCCCCUGUCGGCCUCAGGGGGAAGCCAGCGUUCCAGCCCAGCCAGGGUUACCAAUCGAGCAGCUGGUUUCAGCAGCAGCACGGCAGUUACUUCCUGUCUGGCUACGACUUUGGCUGCGCAGCAGAUGGAAACGGACACAGCCUUUCUGUGCGUGGGACCUGCGGACGCCCAGCUGAAAGUCCGGUCACACCCAAGGAAAGCACGGCUCUGGCCAAAAUGCAAGAUGAAAACCCACUGGAAGGUUAUGAUGAAGAUAGCCGACGUGCACAUGGAAGAAGGAGAAUAAGGAGACAGGAGACAGGUGAACAAAGAAGCUUAAAAAUGAAGAACCAGAUACAUUAACGAAUAUCAAAAAAAUGGAAGAAAACAGAAACACAGAGAAAAAUCUCUAGAUUCAAUAAACAGAAGCACUAAUGCUUAAGAAAAACAGUAAAGAAAAGACAACUAAAAUAGAACUAAAAUACAGACACCCAGUCUCGGGUUCUUCUACUUGCAAAUUAGUACUAGGGAAAGCUUCUAAAGUUCUGUUAAGAAUCCUCCUGUGAUUUUUAUUGGAACUGCAUAAAAUUUAGAAAUUAGUUGGGGAGAAUUGUCAUCCUUAAAAUACUGAGUCAUUCAACCCAUGAAAAUUAUUUAUCACUCCAUUUUGAAGUUUUUAAUAAAAUGUG